UCCGGGCCGCCCACCAAGCAGGCGGUCGGCGCGAUGGCGGAGGAGGUGAAGAGUCUCAUGAAGGCCACGGUCCUGAUGCGGCAGCCCGGGCGGGUGCAGGAAAUCGUGGGCGCCCUUCGCAGGGGCGGAGGAGACCGCCUGCAGGUGAUUUCUGAUUUUGACAUGACCUUGAGCAGAUUCGCGUACAACGGACAGCGAUGCCCCUCUUCCCACAAUAUUCUGGAUAACAGCAAAAUCAUCAGCGAGGACUGCCGCAAAGAGCUCAGCGCGCUCUUUCACCACUAUUACCCCAUUGAGAUCGACCCACACCGGACCAUUAAAGAGAAGCUGCCUCACAUGGUGCAGUGGUGGUCCAAAGCCCACAAUCUCCUGUGCCAGCAGAGGAUACAGAAAUUUCAGAUAGCGCAGGUGGUUAGAGACUCCACGGCAAUGCUCAGGGAGGGAUAUAAGACUUUCUUCGACACACUCUACCGUAACAACAUCCCGCUUUUCAUCUUCUCGGCGGGCAUUGGGGAUGUCCUGGAGGAGAUUAUCCGGCAGAUGAAAGUGUUCCACCCCAACAUCCACAUUGUGUCUAACUACAUGGAUUUCAGUGAGGAUGGUUUCCUGCAAGGCUUCAAGGGCCAACUCAUCCACACCUAUAACAAGAACAGCUCCGUGUGUGAGAACUCCGGUUACUUCCAGCAGCUUCAGGGCAAAACUAACAUCAUCCUGCUUGGAGACUCCAUGGGGGACCUCACUAUGGCUGAUGGGGUCCCUGGGGUGCAGAACAUUCUCAAAAUUGGCUUCCUAAAUGAUAAGGUGGAGGAGCGGCGGGAGCGGUACAUGGAUUCCUAUGACAUUGUGUUGGAGAAGGACGAGACGCUGGACGUGGUCAACGGGCUGCUGCAGCAUAUUCUGCGCCAGGGGGACUGCAUGGAGCUACAGGGCUCCUGAGUGCGGAGACUCAGGCUAGGUCCUGCAGGCAGUGAGGAGGAGGAAUGCCUGCCCACGGAGCCUCCUGUGUGAGCGCCGAGAGCUGCUGGGCCCUCCUCACUCUGACUCCUGCCCUAUGCCUUUGCCUUCCUCCUGCUAGCAAGAGGCUCAAGGGAGGCCCUGCCUGUGGGAGGGGAGGGCAGCAAGUGUGCUUCCAAGUGAACCAGGGACCACAGCAUGUUAGCCUUCUACGGACCAUCUAGUCCAAGGACUCGUUCUAAGACAGUUUUCAGAGCUGGGAAUACAGACCGCUCAGUGGCAAAUCACCUGUUUAGCAUGUGGCAGACCCUGGGUCCCUUCCCGAGCACUGUAAAAGAAGAAAAAGUAAAGCUGUA